AUGGAUGAAGCCAUUUGGGUUUUCAAUAACCUAAACCCUAUUUUACCUACAUUACGCGCCUGCAAUGCGCUUCUUCAUUCGUUAGUAAGAAAUUCAAGGUUUGAUUCCAUGUGGGAGGUCUAUAAUAACAUGGUGUCACGCGGGUUUUCGCCUACUGUAAUCACAUAUGGAAUUUUAUUGAACUGUUGUUGUAAUCAGGGUGAUUUUAGUAAUGCCCGGAAGGUGUUUGAUGAAAUGUUGCAAAGAAGAAUUGAAGCUAAUGUGGUGGUUUACACUAUUCUUAUUCGUGUUUAUUGUAAUGAGGGUGAAAUGGUAGAAGCUGAGAGGGUUUUUAAAUUGAUGAGGGAAAAUGGGGUUGAUCCGAAUUUGUAUACUUAUGUUACUCUCAUUGAUGGGUAUUGCAAAAUGGGUAAUGUUAGACGUGUUUUUGAAUUAUAUAGUGAUUUGCUAUGGAAUGGUUUGCAUCCUGAUGUUGUGACAUUUGCGAAUUUGGUUGAUGUUUUGUGUAAGGUGGGUGAUUUGAAGGCUGCACGAAAUUGCUUUGUUUAUAUGGAUAAAUUUGGUGUAUUUCCUAAUUCAUAUGUUUAUAAUUGUUUGAUUGAUGGUUAUUGUAAGGCGGGGGAUUUGGUUGAAGCAAUGCGAUUGCGAGUUGAAAUGGAACGGAAUGGAGUUUCCGGUGAUGUUUUUACAUGCAGUAUUCUUGUUAAGGGUUUAUGUGACUUUGGUAGGUUUGAGGAAGCUAAGGAUUUGAUGGAGGAGAUGGGAAAAGCAGGGGUUUUUGCUAAUGUUGUGACUUGCAAUGUGGUUAUUGAUGGAUACUGCAAAAUGGGUGAUAUGGAGAAGGCUAUCGAGGUGUGUUCACAAUUGACUGAAAGGAAGAUAGAACCCAAUGUGAUCACUUUUUCUACAUUGAUUGAUGGGUUUUGCAAGAAAGGGAACAUAAAAGCUGCUAUGGGGUUAUAUACAGAAAUGGUUAUCAAAGGUCUUGUGCCUGAUGUGGUGACUUACACAGCUUUAAUCGAUGGCCAUUGCAAGGUUGGAAACAACAAAGAGGCUUUUGAACUGCAUAAGGAGAUGCUGGAUGCGGGACUAACGCCGAAUGCAUUGACAGUUACUUGUUUGAUUGAUGGCCUUUUGAAAGAUGGAAGGACUUACCGUGCAAUCAAACUUUUCUUGGAGAAAACUGGAGUUGGUUGCCUUGGAAGUAAAAUGGAUCAUAGUGGGUUGUGUUCUCGUAAUGAUGUUAUGUAUGCCGCUUUAAUUCAAGGUUUAUGUAAAUAUGGGCACGUAUUUAAGGCCACUAAGUUUUUUGCAGAAAUGAGAGGUAGUGGUUUCAAACCAGACAUGGGGCUUUAUGUUAUCAUGUUGGAGGCACAUUUUCGAUCCAAGCACAUUAUUGAUGUAAUGAUGUUGCAUGCAGACAUGCUGAAGAUGGGUGUUAUGAGAAAUAGUUCUAUAUAUCGUGUAUUGUCUAGGGGCUAUAAAGAGAAUGGAGAUCCUAAACCAGCUCAAAUGUGUUUUGAACAUUUAAUGGAAUAUGACAUUCAGUAUCAUGAAUCAUGA